AGACGAGCCGCUCAGAGGAACCGCGCGUCUCCGGACAGCCGGCAGCGGCCGGUCGCCGGGGACCGGGGUGUGGCUAGUGUGACGGCGUGGCGUGUCAGAGGUGCUCCUGGGUGUGACGAUGUGACAAAAAGGGAGCUGACGGUCAGGGCGGUGUGAUGAUAGUCCCGUGGAGGCGCUGUCGGAGACAAUGCGCCGCCGUGACCGCCCUGCUAGCUCUGAGCUUCAUCGCCGGCAUUGGACUGAUAUCAGGUCCGGAGAGGGGUCCGUCCCCCGGCUGCCAGCGGAUCCUGCGCCUGAGCUCCUCACUGCUGGGCUGUGUGGACCGCCACCCCCACCCGGGCGCCUGCCGCUCCGGCUCAAUGGACGCAGCCGCGGUGACAGCCUGCCUGCGGCGGCGCGCCGCGCGGCUCCGGCGGCCGGCGCGGCUCGUGCUGGUCGGCGACUCCCGGGCCCGGAUCCUGCAGCAGCAGCUGAGCGCCUUCCUGCAGCUGGCGAACGGCUCAGAGCCGGUGGACGUGCGCGCCGAGGACGUGCCCGAAGGCCCGCUGCGCCGUCACCAGCUCUCAACCACCCGCGACUUGUGCCGAAAGUUUGACAAAUUCUGCAGUCACCUGGUGGGCAACGACCUGCUGCAGGUGGACUUCUGGCGGCGGCCCUACCUGCACACCCUGUUCACCGGCAAACUGCGGAGCCUCGUGGCCGAGUGUCGGGCGGGUGCGGACGGCUGCCCGGACCUGGUGGUGCUCAACGGAGGCAUGUGGUACCUCAGAGCGUUCGACGCCAUCAGGGACGUCAUCAACACGCCGAUGACGGGCGCGAUGAUGAUGAGAGACCACGUGGGCGCGCUCAGAGAGGUGCUGACGGAGCUGGUCUCGCACACGACGGUCGUAUGGCGCCUGGAAGAGGCCGUCAUCACCGAUGCCUUACCUCUGGACAGGAAGGAUACGGUGCAGAGAAAGCUCACCAUGUCACACGCCCUCUUCUUCGACCUUCAACGUCAGGUGCCGGGACUGCUGGUGUGGUCUUCCAUGCUACCGGAGACGUUCGACUUUGCGCAGCGCGUGUGCCGCCCCGUCAAACAAAUCGCCAACUCCACUGACAUUGUCGUAGAGGAGAUUUUCGACGAAUGCGACGACGAGAUCCACGUGGGCCCAGAGAUGCGCCAGCGUUUCGUCUCAAAACUGCUGGACAUUUUGUGUGAGACGGAUGGGGAUAGGGAGCUCGGACACUGCUGCAGAGGGUAGGCCGGCCACCCUCCCAGAGCUGCGAGCUUAAACAGUAUGCCAUCCACUAUCGCAGGUACCGUAAAUGCUUUAAUUGCGCACUGCAGUGUGGCAUACUAAGAUCACACCCCUGGUAUGGUAUAUUAACC